CAUUCACCGUACUUUCGUGCUGGUCUCAUUCAAAUUUAAAGCAGCUGAAUUUGUGACAUUUUUGUACUUUGUCCAUAAAAAUGACUAACAUUCGCUCGAUGAACGAUUUCCACAAGCGCCUCUGUGAUGCUGACGAUAAAAUAGUCGUAUUGGACUUCUAUGCGACCUGGUGCGGCCCCUGCAAGGAUAUUGAAAAGCUUGUCAAAUCGCUAGCUCGUCAAUACGCCAGCAAAGCCAUCGUACUCAAGAUUAAUGUGGACAAAUAUGACGAGCUCGUCGAAAAGUACAAGGUGCGCAAUAUGCCAACAUUUGUGUUCCUCAAGGGCAACCGGAGCAUGGGCAAAGUCAUCGGCGCCGAUGAUCACAAGCUGACCCACAUGAUGGCCAAACACUGCAAAUGAGCAGCUCCCAAAGACGCAGGCGUCGUUAAGGAAAAACAAAAAAAAAAAAAGAUUAUUUUAAUAUUUGUAUUUUAUGUUUUGUGUAACUUUAAUUUAAUUCCGUGUUCAAUGUAAACUCAAAAAUGCCAUGAUUUCUUAUAUAUUUAUGCAAACUAACUAAAUCGACAAUAAUAAUGAGAACAAUAAAUAAUAAUAGAAUACUGUAGCAUUUGUAAAAUGAA